AUGUCUGACAUGAUGAACUUGGUGGACUGCGACCUGUGGGCCGACAUCAACACUUAUUUUCCGGAGCGCGAGACCUUUCCAGAACUCCGAAGUCAAAUACAACCUCCUAUUUCCCCUGAAGAUCCGGAUAGUCAAGAACAGGUGGAUAACACGACCAGGAGUCUCUACGGUCAGACUGGCGAUGUCAUAGAACAGGAACGCUCUGGCCAAAAUCUCGGUCACAAGGAGUAUCGAGGCUUGAGUGAGGAGGAACAAAAAGCAACGCUCAGCCCCGCACAUCCAGCAAAGAGAAUUAGAUUGGAGCCUGCAUAUACGCAGGAUGAUUCUUUUCUUCUUCCACAGUUGGCAGCCAAACCACCUGCCGAUUCUCCGAACCUAAACUCGUCAUCCUCCAACAAUUCAGCUACCGUUCUGUCAAAUGACCCGACUAAUCCAGUAACCUCUAGCAAGGUCAACAACAGCGAAGAUUUUGUAUGUCAAGUCACUGGCUGCAAUAAGUCAUUAUGUAGCAAAUCAAACCGAGACCGACAUAUGAAAACGCAUGACAGUAUUCAGGAAUGGCAAUGCCAAGUCUGCGGCAAAUCGCUUUCGGAGGAACGUUGGGUACGAAGACAUCAGCGAAACCCAAGGUUUACGGAGUGUAAUAACGCAUGGAAAGCUGGUCUUCUUCCUGGAUCUGACGGCUACGUUCCGCCGUCAGUGGACCCUUAUUCUGGAAGACCUAUAAACCGUUCCUAUGGCAGCUCUUUUGUUGGUAACCGAAAUGGUGAAGCUGCCUCCCUUUCCUCAUCUGUCGAACAGCAGACCUACGGCGUUCCCUUUACAGCUCCUUCAGCUCAACCACGCCUUCAGCUGCCACCAACAAGUUCUUUCUAUGGACGAAACUGUCUGCCACAGGAGGAAGGACUGGUCAACGCUAGACCAGGUUACGCCUCCAGAACACACCCAACACUUGGACAUGCCAGCCAAAGUUUUGUCACUCGUCGUCCUCAUCUCGGCAUCCAACGCAAUCAUCCCCAAAAAUCACACACUAGCCCAUUGUACAGAACAAAUCAAGUGCAUGUCCCUUCCGAGAGUAGCGCAACAGCUCGUUCUCAUCGUCGCUACCCUGGUCGUCAACGCUCUUCCUAUUCCUCUGGCACCUAUCCAAGCCUUAAUAUACAACAGGAAGUUCAGAAUUCUGAUACAGGAACAAACUAUCCUGGGAAGUUUCGUGCAGUUUCUGAUUUACAUCAGCCACCCACCUCUGGUUAUCAUGCUCAACAUGGCAGCAUCAGUCAACCUCAGAUUUGUCCACCACUAAGAGGAUAUCGCGCCAGAACCCAGGACCAAAGAAUCACUGGACCAGUGUAUGAUAGUAUUGUAUCAUCUGCAAAUGUUUCAUUGCCCCUUGUCUAUGAUAGUCGUUCACCGGCCAUCAGUAGUCGUCUAUCCGGGUUUGAAUCUGGACUCAACCAACUCCAGCCUAGCUUUGCUUCCCUUCGAAACAACAAGCUGAAUUCUACCUCUGGCUAUGAGUUUGGUUCAGGAUCUCGACAUUCCGAAUUCGAACCAUCUCUUCCAGUUCUCACAGGCACUGGAGGCGACUUCCUGGAGUCUUCGCCACCACCAAACAAGUUGAAUUUGGGUCCCCGAGGGGGUUUCAGCUACACUAUACAUGAUCGGACUGGUUCAGCCUCAGACGGAUACUCUUUGUUCUCUCGGAAUUCUGCACAAGCAACUGGUUUGUCAGAGGGGUUCACUUGGUCAUUUUUUGAUGCAGAAAAUUACAAUGAGUAUGGACCCGUAAUUUGA